AUGGCAGUUAGAGCGCAAUUUGAAAACAGUAACGAAGUUGGAGUGUUCGCUGUACUAACAAAUGCAUACUGCCUCGUGGGAAUCGGUGCUGCACAGAACUUCUACAGGUGAGGUUUUGUUUUAGCCUUGGAACCGAAAGCUACAUAUAUGUUGUACAUUUUAAGCCGUCUUUGCGUUAUAAUGUAAAAUCUGCAAUCAAUAUUGUAGAGAUAAAAUUUUAAAAAAAUUGACUCGAACACCACCAAUAUCGUUAUUAAUGUUAAUUAGCUUAAACUUCGUGCUGGAACUGUAAGCUUUUGAUAAAAGUCUAACACAUGACUGAAACGCAAAGUAGUGUUUCGAAGUUGUUAUUACUUGGUGAUCAAAUAAAUGGCUAAAAAUGACCCCUGAGGAAGAACUCUUAUCUGAACUUCCUAUACCUGCCAACUUUUUCUGAGAUAUAAGCGGGAGAUUUUUAUCCUGGGAGUGCUGGGAUUUUUCAAGACGACACGAUCAUUUCCGAAGAUUCCCGAAGAAGUCUGAGGUCUUCCAAAGAAGUCUGAAGUCUUCCGGAGACGUCCGAAGUCUUAGGACGCAUAUAAAGGCGAGCUCACUCCCAGUGCUUUUCACUUCAAAAAUCAGGGAUCGCGAGGAAGGUAUUGUCAUUUAUUCAUUUUACACAUGGUUUUCGUUCCUUACAUGGGUCUGAGUUAACAUAUUUUUGGAAAUUGUGUCAAGCAAGACGGCAACAACUCACAUUUUUCAAUCAGGCGUGAGAAAUUGGCCCACAAGCGUGAGCUGGCGUGAGAUCGAAGUUUUCAACCUGCAGGCAUGAGACUCGCGCCUAAGGCGUGAGAGUUGGCAGGUAUAACUUCCCCUUCCACCCAGAGACCCAGAGCUGUCUACCCCACAUCCCAUGGGAAUUUCGGUAAAAUUGAAAAACAGCUCCCCCAGAAAUCAGUUGGUUGACAAAUGGCCAACAGUCUGUUGAAAAAUGGCCAACAGUUCUUGCGAUUUAACCAACUACCUCGCUUAAGUGGAAGGUGGGUGCCUGGGAUACCCAGGGGCUGCCAUCGUGGCCAGCCAGCCCCUUGAUAGAAAACUGCCCCGAUGGCUGGCAAAUCCCCGCAACCCAGCAAUGAGCCCCCAUUCCAGGCACCUGUCACACUGAUGAAACAGUGGAAGGAAGAAAAAUAGGGAUGGGAGGGGGGGAAGACGCUAAAUGAACCGCUCCACAGACCACUGCACAAAUGCUCGACGAAGAACUCGCAGAUCCUAGCCGUGUACAAAGCUACCACAAACCAUGUGAGCGUGCACUUAUGGGAUUGACCGCUGGAUGCCUGCUAAGCUCGUGGGCGGUUUGACUGCUAAGCUUGUGCACCGCUUGACUGCUUAACUUGUGGACUGCUUUACUGCUAAGCUUGUGAACCACUUGACCUCUAAGAUUGUGAACCACUUGACUGCUAAGCUUAUGAACCGCUUGACCGCUAAGCUUGUGGACCACUUGACCUCUAAGCUCGUGGUGGUUAACUUAGUUAAAUCACAGUUAACUAAAUUUAAUCGAAAGGGUGUCAGCCAGGUCACUUGUUGGUGAUGUGUUGGAAACCUGUUAGCAUCUUUUCAGUACCCUAUUUUGUAACGAUGGGCUUAAUGCAGUAAGUUAAUGCAGUAUUUAGCACUCUCAGAAAUCGACAGUGAAAAUAUUUCAGAAGUACUCAAUAACAUUCUUUCUAAAAGAAAACACCAGACUACUCACUACUGUUGUUCAGAUCGUCUAUCUCUACCAUCCAUCUAUGCAGUGUGGAUUUUUUAUUGAAAAAUCCAUUAAUUUUACUAGCCUAAAUUCCAUUCUGGACCCUCCCCCUACUUGGAUGUACCCCACUGAGCCAGAUAAAGUGCUACCAUGUGUAGAGGGUAACCAUUACAACCCUAUGAGUGGUACCCAUUCAAAUACUGCCACGUUACACUGUUAAUCAUAUCGUUCAUGUUGCCUUUGUAUGCAGUUGGUUAAGCUGUGUUUGCUGCCAUCCCUCCCUUCCCUCUAGAAGGGAAGUAGCUGUGAAACUCUGCACCAUGGUUCACAGAAGAGCAGUGCCUGGUGGUUGCCGCUCACAGGGUUGUCACAGUUACCUUUUGAGCUCAUUUUCAACUCCCUCAGUAUGUCUGAACACCUUCACACACCGAAUAUUAUUUACAUUGUAACCCUUUAAGCCACAAUAGUGACCCACAUCCAAUUUCUCCCAACAAUAACACUGCCUGUUUAAACAGACAGGUCAUGAGAAUUAAUGAAAUGAUCACCAAAGAUGUAAAGUUGUGAUCAAUGUUAAGUUAGAACAAAUUCUCUCAAGCAGUACCAUAAGAAAUGUUUGAAGAACAGUGUGGAGAAGAUGCAUGUUGAUGCUGGGGCUUAAAGGUUUAAUAAUGAUCAUUAUUUUUGGUCUUAUGUAGUGUUUUUGAAGGAGAGCUUGCUGAUGUAAUUCCAGUUGUUCAUGCUUCAAUUGCUGGAUGUAGAAUCAUAGGAAGACUUUGUGUAGGUAUGUAAAAAUGAUUGUUUACUUGAGGUAGUUACAGUUUUUUAUUGCAUUGUUGUGCAUGAAAAAUGCUGCAACCCUUGUUUAUGGUUUCUAAAGAAAGUUAUUGAAUAAACUGAGUUGCUUUUAACCCUUUGACUCCGGAGAGAGCCAUUUGGCGAACAUUUCGUCCCAAAAAAAGGCUCAUAAGGACUCCAUAUUGUGUCAAAUGACAUUUUAUGUCACUUAUAUGAGUUUAUUUAUAGUAUGAUACCCUUUCAAUUGGUUUAUCGCCUUCCUUGAGUGACUCUUUUGCUAUUAUUUCCUUGAUGUGUUUACGAGAACAUUUGAAAAUAGCGUCAGACCUGGAUGAUUUUCACCAAAUCAUACUCAAAACACUAGAUUUUAGCAAUGAUUCAGGUGAAGAUCAGUUUGAUUGUUCCACCAAACAUUCUGGCAACAAUUUUAGAGCUGAAAUAUGCACAUACACUUCAUGGUAGUCAAGAAAUCAGUGAAGAAAGAGAGCAAGUGGGCUGGUGACCGUAAGACAUCCAAUGUCAGCCAUAAGACACAGAAUCCAGCAAACAGCAGCUCAAACAAACUUUAAGUUCAUAUAUUUUAGUUUUGGAAAUGCUAAUAUGUCUUAAUUACAACUAAAUAAUAUAUGUUUAUAGAUAUUUUUACUUUAAAGAUAACUUUAGAGAAGCUUUUUUGUGUGUAUAUGUCAAAUUUGGAGAAAAAUUAGUGAAAAACUCAGAAGUUAAAGGGUUACUAGUACAUGUAAGAGGGAAGCAUAAUUUUAUGUGCAAACAGUCUUUUUAGUAGUGAUGAAUCUGUAGCCCUUUAUGAUCUGUCCAGGCAAAGUUUGUUGAUUUAUACUAGAAAGAGGUGAACCAUCGGAGACAAACUUGAGCAAGCAUUGAAUUUAGUAUGUGUAUCAUGUAAUUCCACUGUGUUUAUGUUAUGAAUCAUCCUUGCAUUAGGGGUAAUUAGGGGUAAACUAGGGGGUCAUCUUACAUGAGGAUUCAGUUCCUCCCUGAUGGCAGCCUUUUUGUAUUGAUUAUUACAAAUAAAUUAAAGUUGUUAUAAAUAAAAAAAUAAGUAAACUGCAGGCCUUGUGCAUGUGUCUGCUUAGUUCCUCGUCAUUGAGAAGUUAGUGGAGAAUUCAUUUUGCUCAAAUUUUUACACAAAGGGAAUACCAGUCAGACAUUGAAGACUACUUGACCAUGUUGCUUGCUAAACAGAUUGUCCUUCUCCAUUGUAAAUUCACUUGUUUCUUUUUCUGAAAGGAUCAUCUCAGUAUUUUCUAUUAUAGACUUAGUUACUGGUACGUUUUCUGUCACCCUCUGCAAUCAAGUCACAAACCACUGUUGAUGUUUAGCGAUUAUCAGAUAACAAUUUAAAAUAUCAGAUAGCAAUUUCGACUCAAUUGCAAAAAUGUGAGUGCCCAGAUUGUGAUAAAUCCUAGCAGGAAUAUGAAGCUUUGGUUUCCUAGCUUUACUUAAAAGAAGUUUCUUUAAGUAAUUAGCUAACAUAAUUUUUUAUUAUUCAGGAUGUACCGUGGUGCAGUGUUAAAGUUUUGUAAAAUAUAUUAAAUAUACCCAAUCCAAUCCAAUUUAGAUUGUAAGUUGAGAAUGACUUUGAGGAUGACAUUUCUCAAAUACUAAGUAGUGUGUGUCUGGAACCAGUAUCAUUUUGGUGGGAAAAUGCAAUAGCCAUCAUAUUUCUACUAACUAUAGGUUUUGGCGAAAAUGUCAGGGAUGUGGAAACAAGUUAUCAAAAAUGUAAGAAGGUUUAUCAUUUUGUGAUGUGAAACGGGCUUAACCUGCUUCAACAAAAACAAUAUAACUGUGCAAACUUUUCUUCUGAGAAAACAUAAAAUAAAGCUUUCCAGGAUGUCAAUUUUUUGAGAAAUAAUACUAUAUAACAAGUCAAAUCUCAUCCUCAAAGGCCUUUUCAAAUCAGGUUAAGGUCUUUAUUGUAGGAGAAAUGGUGUUAGUUUGUGUUAUUAGGGUAGUUGGGGAGAAGCAGUAUGUAUACUUCUACUGUUAUCCUUAGUAACAUUUAAAAUGCUUUUCAGGGACUGAAUUUGAGAUCAUAAUAUUUUAUUUGCCUUUUAAUAAUAAUAAUAAUUGUUAUUCAUUGUAGGUAACAGAAAUGGGCUUCUUCUACCCAGCACAACAACAGAUCAGGUGCGAAUGAAGCUGAAAAUUCUAUUCUGCUCAGUGUCUUGCUUUCUUGUUUAUUUUUUUCAGGAGCUUGAAGCAUAACCAUUCCACAUUUUUUAAUGGUGGACAUUUUGCACUACUAAACUGUGUAACUUGAGCUGUCCAAAAAUCACUUUUUCCCUAGCUAGCUGGAUUUGUUUAUCUGGUCAUCCUAAGUUCAGCCCCCUUAGUCAUGCUUGUCUUAGCCAGCGACUAGUUUACCUUUUAUCAGUUACAGUUCUUGACCAUGUUAUGUUUAGUAAGAAUUUUUGGUUAGUGCCUAGUUUUCCGUACGGCCUCAAGUGAACUAACUUGAGCACUGCAGUGGAUUUCCAUGAGAAGUAAAGCUUCAUUUAUUUGAAUUUUGAUUAAGUGCAUUGCCAUAACAAGAAAAAAAAUUAUAACAUAUAAAGUGAUUGUCAAAAUGUGACUCAAACUGUUAGGUCCAUUCACAACCCAAGGUAGACUGUGAACACAAAAACAAACUAACAAAACAAAUUAUCCUCCUUAGCGAAAUUUUCCUUUUAAUGUGGCUAAAUAUAAUUUAGGCUAAGUUAAACACAAAACGAAACUGGGCAGCAGUUUUCCCCCAAGGGUUGGUAUGUGGGGUGGCUGGUGGUUGUUUACAGGGGCUCACGUGUUUACACCUUGGCUUAAGAUGUCAGUCAUUCUGCAUUUGCUUCUUUUUCACUACUGGGCACCUCUCACUGAUUUUACCCCUUCUCUGCCCAUCCCUGUUAGCAUGUUAAGUAUGUGGUACGUAUUUUAGUUUCCACUGAUUUUCAGUGUGGCGGUGCCUGGUGGUUGCUCCUCACAGGGUUGUCAUGGAUACCCUACGUGUUCGGCUCUUCUUUUUCUUGUGGCUCUACCUUCUUCGGCACUAUUCCCAUGCCUGCGUCUAUUGUUGAUGGGUUUAAUAAAAAGUUCAGUAGCUAUCAAGUAUUGCAAUAAAAUAGUUUUCAUUCUGAGAGAUACAUGUGUAUGAUAUUAUUGUUAACAAUAACAUGCUAUUAUUUAUGUGUUCUUUUUCGAUGGGUAGUUACGGCAAAUUUGAUUGAUUCACUUACAUUGAUUAUUAAAAUAUCUUUAUUACUUUUUUAUGUGUCUCCCAAUUUUAUAGGAACUGCAACACAUUCGAAAUUCAUUGCCUGAUGCUGUGAAAUUACAGAGAGUGGAAGAAAGGUUGUCAGCACUGGGGAAUGUAAUAGCAUGUAAUGAUUAUGUGGCCCUAACACAUCCAGACCUUGAUAGAGUAAGUCAAUAAGAAUUUUCGUUUUGUUGUUUUAAGUUCUACAAUAUGUGUAAAAUAUGUAUUUAGAAUUUAAACUACUCAAUAAUCUUGCUAAACCUCUUUAUUGUUGUUGUUGUCUUCAAAACACGCGAAUUUGUCUUCAAAAAUGUCUGCUCUUUUGCUUGGCCAAAUUGACAAGUAUGACGUAGAAUUAUUCGUAAGAAUGUAGAACAAUUAAGAAGACGGCGGCAAAUAUGAAGGAUUGUCAUUGCCUUAAACUCCUCAAUCAUCUUCACAAUCUUAAUUUACUUUGCUAUACCUUUGUUAAGGUCAGGUAAAGGUUUGUUUAUUGUGGAAAUGCACUUAGCUUAUCAAGCUAGUGUACAGGCACUCCACUGAAAUAAUUCUGAAACAAAUAAUGCAAAUAGAACAUAACAGGCUAAGGAUUAAAAACCCUAACUGGCGGGAGGCAACCAGUGGGCUAUUUACAAGUGUGGCUGAGGAUUUGAACUUAGGACAACCGAAAACAAAUCCAGCAAGUGGCGAGAGCCGGACUCGAACCAGGGACCGCCAGAUUACGAGUCUGAUGCGCUAACCACUCAUCCACGUUGCCUCCCGAACAUACAAUUGUAUGUACAUUGGUACAUUGCUUAAUUCCACAGAACACAAACCAGUGACCCAAAUCGGAAGAUAAGGCUGAGUAAAAUUACUGACGUCACGUUACAUCAUCAGCUUUUCUUUCAUACAUGUACCUUUACUCGUUCCCAGUCUUAAGGACAUUUCUGUAGGGGAAAAAGCAGUUUUAAAGUUAACAAGAAUUGUUGAUUAUUGUUGAUUAAACCUAUCUAUAGGUGAAAAACAUAUGGUGUCAUGUACACUUUAAUAUACCAUUUUUGACAGAAAAGGGUACCCCUUUUGUAUACCUUCUAGUGAUAAAUGGUACCCCUUUCAUAUACAUAGGCUAGAACUUGGUAUCCCUUUAGAUUGCCAUAAAUUCACUGUCUUUGUAACAUGAAUAAAUCUCAAAACCAAAAUGUUUUACACGCUUUCGCACACCAUAAAAUGCAUGUCAUUAUGGUCCUGUUUACAGACUGAAAUGACAUAUUUCCCUACCCUUUUGUAUACUUCAACUAACAAAAUUCCUACCCUUUUAUAUACCUGAAGCCUGAAGAAGUUACUCCUUUUGGGUGGAACCUCCCUGUAUUGUCAGUAACUGGUUAUGGUGAAUUAUGUAUGUGCUCUUAACCAACAAGAAUUGGGGAAAUAUUUUGAAUGAAUAAUAAUGGGUGUUCAUGGUAAACUGGUGAUAUCUUGCCAGCAGCACACUGUUCUAGAAAUAAUGUACUGCUGUUUUAAUAUACAAACGAGUUCUCUUAAAGUUGAUAUUGCUCUUCCUAUCAGGAAACAGAAGAGAUAUUGGCAGACGUACUUAAAGUGGAGGUGUUUCGACAGACAGUUGCGAAGAAUGUUUUAGUAGGGAGUUACUGUGCUCUAAGCAAUCAAGGAGGCCUUGUAAGUCAAGAAGCAGAUUUCCUUUAAGCAAUGCUUCUCUCUUUCAUUGACAAUGCAGUAUUUUCAGUAGUUGAUAUUCCUGUAGUAUUAUAUGCUUUAAAUUUUAAGUUUUUCAUUUGCAUUUGCCCUUCAUUUAAUAUCUUAAUACUGUUUUUAUUUGAAGGUUUUCAGUCUAUUCCUUUGUUUUCAAAUCUGAGACAAAGGGAGUGGUGCUUGUUUUGAGUAUUAUUUUGAAUGCCGUAGACAUUUCUGCUACUGAAAUGAGAAAAAAAUUUGCUGAUUCUUUCACCUAUUUUUAGACCAGGGUCCCAAAUCUUGGCUUACGUCAGAUAGUAUGAUAAAACUAUCAGUUAAAAAAACACAAAAUAUGGUUUGUCAGCUAGGAGUCCUGUGCUUUGAUUCUUUAGAUUUUGAUUUGAAUAUUUGAUUUUAGGCCAGAAAUAUUUCCACUUAACUUUUAAGAAACAAGCUCCUGUUGAGAAACCAGUGAGAGUAGAGCAGAGUGGGAAUGGCUCUUGCUCCAGGGAUGGCACUAGGAUUUUUUAAUCUGGGUCCUCGGACCCACAUGUCCGGUGAAAUUUGGGUCCCAAGCUUUUUGGGUGGGUCCCAAAAUCUUGGUGACCCUCCCCUAAGAAAUUCUCUUUGUUGUUGUUAUGAGAAAGAGUGACUGGCAAAUUACUGUCAUACUGUUAACUAAGCUUUAUUGUCUUUUUUUUUGUUGGAAAACAUUAACUUUAGCAUUUAAAUGUUUUUGCUGAAGCGAAACUUUUGCCGAACUUUUGUGAUCCACCUGACUCAUUUGACGAACAAGUGCCGAUCUUUGGAAAUUUUUCAUCCACUUGUGAACGCAUUCUUCUUUCCAGCUUUUUUGCAAUCUUUACAAAUCAUCAAUAAGUCAUUGCCUGAGCCUCUUGUUCGCAGCUAUCCAAACUUUUUCAGCCGUUAGUCUAAAAACUGAUUAUGUCUUCCUCCCUUUUCAUGGUUCAUUGCCGUAUUACAGGCACAUGUAAGUGGGCACUUUACCAGCACAACUGAUCAAACAAUGAACAAACAUGGCGGAGCUCAUUCAAGUUUCCCGGAUGUGUAAAUUGUCUCCAGUUCCCUUUGUGUAGUUAAAUCCAAUAUAGCAGGCACUAUGUGAAUUUGCUUUGUUCACAAAUUUUUUACAUGUCACUCAAACAACAACAAAAUCUAUUCAAGUUCUUCAAGUCAACAUCUUGCAUCCUGGGACGCAUUAAAAUUUUGAUGAUGCAUUUUUUGCAUUUUGUUUGCAUAAAAAUGCACGAUUUCUGCAUUAACGCGAUCUCUGUGCUCAGUCAGUAAAUUUAUAGUACAUCGUAGACUCCUAAGUGAGACCAUCUGGAUGUAGUUUUAUCUGUCCUAUGUUUUUUAUAUCACAUUGUUUUAUGUAUAUAGAACACUAGUGCAAUUAUUUGUCGUGUAAUGUGAAUGUAUAAGAGCAUCUUUUAUAAUAUUUUUUCCAUGUACAAGACUAACAAAGGCUCACCCUAAGUGAUACCAAAAUAAUUUUAUUGGCCUCCCACGCAGGUGUUUUUAGGGGAGUCGUGUUUCCUCAUGGGGAGGGUCGAGGAAAAACGCCUAAAUGGGAAGCUAUACCAAAACAGGAUUUCCCCAACUGGAUCAGUCAGUGAGCAUCUCCACCCCUCCCCUUGUGAUCUAGCCUCUGAAGUGUCCUAUGUGUUUGCAUGUAGGAGUGUUAUAAUAGGUACAUCACUUCAUAAAGGAACAGGCAUUGUUAAUGUAAAAUACGUUAUCUUUUUUAUCUUUUGUAGGUGCAUCCUCGAACAUCAGUUGAAGAUCAAGAUGAGUUGUCUUCACUGUUACAAGUUCCUCUUAUGGUAUGUACAUCUGCUCCGUCAACCUCCCUUUGUUUUGCCCAUGUAAGAGAAUCCGCAUUCCCAGAGAUUUUUGCUUGUGAAAUGCAGAAUCGGGGAAAUUUUUACUUGUGGGAUCCGAAACACUGGGUUUUGGAAUCCAGAAUCCAGAAUUCCAUGAGUGAUUGGGAUCCGGAAUCCUAGUCCCACCGACAAAGAAUUCAGAAUUCAGUACCUGUAUUUCCAGAAUCCACAGUGUGGAAUCCAGAAGCCAAGACUGUCUUGGAUUCCAGUGGCGGAUCCAGGAGAGGGGCCCUGGGGCCCAGCCACCCCCUAAUUUUUAGACCAAACUGAGGCCCAAAGGGCUGAAAAAAAGUUCUUAGAGACCGGUCCCCCCUUUUUUCAGGGUCGUGGAUGACUGUCCUCCUCCCCCUUUAUUUGAAGGUCUGAAUCCGCUACUCUAUUCCCUCACGUACAGUGGGAUGAUUUGUUCAUUGAUGAGAAAUAACCUGUGAAAGUAUGGAAAUAGCAAGAACGUCUUUUGCUAGCCUGAAAUAUGACUCUCAUUUCUCUUUGAUCUCAGUUUCAUAAAUUUGCUUGCACCACCUAAAAAUAGUCAGCAACAUUAAACAAUAAUAUUGUAGCAUUGUUUUACAGGCUGGAACUGUCAACAGAGGUAGUGAUCUAGUGGGAGCGGGUAUGGUUGUUAAUGACUGGAGUGCAUUUUGUGGGCUUGACACGACCAGUACUGAACUGUCUGUUAUAGAAAGUGUGUUCAAAUUAGGAGAUGCUCAACCUUCUGCUGUAGCAACCACUAUGAGAGCUUCAUUGGUUGAAAGGUACAAAUGUUUUCUUGCUUACUUUUGUUAA